UUUGGAUUUCUAAGGUGUAGUGAGACAGUGAAAUUCAUUGUGCAUGCAUCAAGAAAAUAUUAAUGACGUGUGUCAUCUAAGAUUACCUAGUCUUGUGUCUUAGGAAUAAUUACUGAGCCACGUAAAGAGGCAUCUUUGGGAAUAAAUUCACACAGCCAAAAACAGAUAAAAUCAAAAUUGAUAGAUUGGUCCAGAUUCAACAGGUACAAAGGUAUGACAAUUGACAAGAUUUCGUCAUCCAGGUAGAUGGAUCUACGGAAUCGAAGGGUUACCUAGCAACGUUUUAGCAUGUUUCACAGCAUCUUUUCAAGAUACCACUUGAUUUAACCAGAGAACCAAUCAGAAACCUUGUUGUAUCUGAAAACGGAGAAAUCUCAUUAUGCCUUUACCAAACAAUACUAGCAAUACGAGCAGCAAAAGCGGAUCGCUGUUAAGCCGUGUAGGAAUUAACAAGCUUCCUGGAGGGUCGAAAGGACCUACUCCCCUUCCUCUUUCUAGUCCCCCCACUGGGAAAAAAAUGGGGAACGGGGCUAGUGCUUCUAGCAUAAAUGUGGAUGGAGAAAACAUAGAUAUUAUCAAACUAAAGACAUUGGUACCCGAACUUAAGAAAGAACUCAAAAUCAGAGAUGCCAAAUUACAACGUUAUGAAGCGGAACUUCACGAAAAAUCAAAACUUUUGGAAGACAAGUGUAUGGAAAUUGCCAAACUGCGAGCUGAAGUCGAUAAACUACAAUCAGUGUUACAUAUUAAAGUUCAUAAAAAUGCAGGGACGGGAGGAAAAUUCGACUUUUUGGCCACCAUUCAGGAGGAUUCACAAAUGGCAGGUGCCCAGCAAGAGCUACGGCAUAAAAAACAGGGAGUAUCCGCGGAAAGUCCCAUGACCCAGCAGAAUGGCGUGGCAGUGGAAAUCAAACAUAUAGAAAAAGAUUUCAGAUCAAAACAGCUGAUAAAAGAUGCAAUUCUAGGCAACGAUUUCUUAAAAAAUCUGGACUCUACACAGGUCCGUGAAAUUGUGGACUGUAUGUACGAGAAACGAAUCAAACAAGGAAACUACAUAAUCAGGGAGGGGGAUGCUGGUCAACAUGUGUACGUCUCGGCAGAGGGUGAAUUUGAAGUCCUGAAAAACAACAAAGUUCUGGGGAAAAUGGCGGCCGGCAAAGCUUUUGGAGAAUUGGCCAUUCUGUACAACUGCACCAGAACGGCCUCCGUGAAAGCCCUAACCGAUGUCUGUGUCUGGGUGCUGGACCGCCGUGUCUUCCAGACAAUUAUGAUGAAGACGGGUCUACAAAGACAGGAGGAAAACAUACGAUUUCUUAGAAGUGUACCACUAUUAAAGAACUUACCAACGGAAAAACUUGCAAGAAUAGCUGAUUGUCUUGAAGUGGACUUUUUCCCAGAAAAUGAUUACAUCAUUCGAGAAGGAGAAACGGGGGAUUCAUUCUUUAUCAUUAACAAGGGCGAGGUCAAGGUCACUCAAAAAGUCACUGGAGUGGAAACUCCCAUGGAAAUCAGAAGACUGACAAGGGGAGACUACUUUGGCGAGAAAUCACUCCUUAGUGAAGACAGAAGAACUGCUAACGUGAUUGCAUUACCACCAGGAGUCGAAUGUCUGACUGUAGACAGAGACCAUUUCAACGCUCUUAUUGGUGAUCUGAACGAACUACGCGAAAAAGACUAUGGCGACGAAGCACGGGGAGCCCAAAGAACAAGCGGUGGUAACGGUUCUGAUGUUCUGUUGUCCCCAGUGCGGGACAAGCCGGACAAAGAAUUCCAAAAUAUACAGCUCAAGGACCUCGAAGUCAUUGCAACUCUUGGCAUGGGAGGUUUUGGCCGUGUAGAACUUACUCAGCUAUCACAUUCUCGAUCAAAGACAUUUGCAUUAAAGUGCCUUAAGAAGAAACAUAUAGUAGACACCCAACAGCAAGAACAUAUUUACUCCGAGAAGAAAAUAAUGAUGGAAUCUAGAUCUCAAUUUAUAGCAAGAUUAUACAAAACAUUUAAAGAUAAAAAAUACGUUUAUAUGCUGAUGGAGGCGUGUUUGGGUGGCGAAUUGUGGACUAUUCUCAGGGACAGGGGAAGUUUUGAUGACAUCACUGCGCGGUUUUGUGUGGCAUGUGUUCUAGAAGCAUUUAAGUAUCUCCAUGACAGAGGAAUUAUUUACAGGGAUUUAAAACCAGAAAAUCUACUUCUGGAUCAGCACGGAUAUGUUAAACUUGUCGACUUUGGCUUUGCCAAGAAGAUCGGACAUGGCAGGAAGACAUGGACAUUCUGUGGGACCCCUGAGUACGUGGCCCCAGAGAUAAUCCUAAACAAAGGCCACGACAGAGCGGCGGAUUACUGGUCACUAGGAAUCCUCAUGUUCGAGCUGUUAACGGGCAGUCCGCCUUUUUCUGGGUCUGAUCCAAUGAAAACAUACAACAUCAUCUUGAAGGGCAUAGAUGUGAUAGAAUUCCCGCGACGGAUCGGAAAGAACGCGGCCUCCCUCAUCAAGAAGCUGUGCAGAGACAAUCCGGCAGAAAGGCUAGGUUACGGAAAAAACGGAAUAGUUGACAUAAGAAAAAAUAAGUGGUUUCAAGGUUUUGACUGGGAUGGCAUGCUUCAGAGAAAACUCAUUCCUCCAAUCAUUCCACAGGUUAAAGGACCAGGGGACUAUAGCAACUUUGACAGCUAUCCAAAAAGCACAGAGGUCCCUCCCGAUGAAACAUCUGGAUGGGAUUUUGAUUUCUGAUAUUGCUUUGAGUGAACACCAAACGCACACUUGUGUUCGGAGGUGUUUGUCCUCGAACAAGGAUAUCUAUGAGAAGAAAUGAACAGUGCUCAGCGUCAAAGAAUAGAAAAUUCCAAUGUGCAACUGUUUUCUAUGACAAUGUGUUUUGUCCGUUGUGUCGUGUUAUAUUAUGGGAUUUACCUGGUGCUAUAUUUGCUGACGUCAUUCGAAAUUGUGCUAAAAUUUGAUGACAUCAUCGAGGAUGGAAUGAUAUAUUGUGUUAUGAAUAUCAAUUUUUCUGUGAUAUUACCGUCUUGGAUAUUGAUUGUUUCUGUCAUUUGAGUGACAUUAAACAACACGGAUCGCUAUUAUCAUUAUAUGAAAAAUACUCCCAAUGAUAUAGUUCAGUUAUAGUAAAACGGAGGGGAAAAUCGGAUUAUUAUACCCAAUCCAGAGUCUUUUAAAACACGUAAAAUAAUUAUCGAAUUUAUUUUUUAUGAUCUAGGUUUGGUUGGGUAGAGCUUUUUAUGUGUAUGUAUAGUUAUUUCACUGGUCAGCUGCUUGUCUUGAUGACUUUGACCGGGAGAGACCUGCUCAAGGUAUUUCUAGUGAAAUCAAAGAUAUGUUUUGUUGAUAUGUGGACCCUGUUGCAUUUGUCUUCCAUUUUAUAUAGAGUUUAUAGAACAACAGUAGCGUCUAAUUGCCGCAUUGUCUCAUAUGCGGCCUCGUUGUAUUUCUCGUUUUCUUAUUGUAAUGUUGCUCGAUUGUAUAUUCGGAGUAUUUUAUAAAUAAAGAAUAAAAAGGUGAACAGUGCAA